AAGCUGCUACUUGCUACAGAUGGCGUUGAUGUUAAUUUGCAAGAUAAAUAUGGUGAAACACCUUUGAUGGAGCCUGCUAAAUAUGGGCAGGAAACCCUAGUCAAGCUCUUGCUUGCUACAGAUGGUGUUGACGUUAACUUGCAAGAUAAAUUUGGCAGAACACCUUUGAUGGAGGCUGUUAAAUAUGGGCUGGAAACCCUAGUCAAGCUGUUGCUUGCUACAGAUGGUGUUGACGUUAACUUGCAAGAUAGAGAUGGCAGAACACCUUUGAUGGAGGCUGUUGUAGGUGAAAGUGAAACUAUUGUCAGGCUAUUGCUUGCUACGGAUAGAGUUGAUGUUAACUUGCAAGAUAGAGAUGGCAGCACACCUUUGAUGGAGGCUGUUACAUUCGGAAAGGAAACCACGGUCAAGCUGUUGCUUGCUCUAGAUGGAGUUGAUGUUAACUUGCAAGACAGGUAUGACCGAACCCCUUUGAUGGAGGCUACGGGCAGAGGCUACGAGGCCAUUGUUAAGCUGCUCCUUGCCACAGAUAGAGUUUAUAGUGUCAAAUGAGACUUCCAUGAGUGGACGCCAUUUCAUCAUGCUGUGACGUUACCAUAGUUGAGUUGCUUUGAGGGCUAAACAGCCUAGUUGCUACCCACGAUGAACAUGGUAAACACCUUGUAGGAGACCUCAGUACGGCUGUGGUCCAUACAACAGCUUGACAAACUCCCGUGAAUCGUUCAGUAC